AUGUCUGAUUUACUUAAUUAUUCCAUUAUGCACCCAAGAUCACCAGUGUCAUCCAAUGUGUCAUCAUUCAGUAGUCCUAAGAUGAGUCACAAUGCACCACCUCAAAAUACAGUCUUGCCACCUAUUAAUACCCUUAUGCAAUCUGCAUCAGUAUCAUCACAACAGCUAGAACAUUCGCCAGCUUCACACAUCAAAUUGCCGCCAAUUAGUCCUUCAAAUUAUACAUUAACCAGACCGGGCUUGCCAAGCUCAAUUUCGGUUUGCUCGUAUAGUGCUGGUGGCUGUUCACAACUUACAGAGUCAAACUUGUCCCACUUCCAAUCCAAUAGAGAUUCACAUGGAUUGGGUUUAUUGAGCUCUGCUAUAUUUUUGGAACAACAACAGCAACAACAACAACAAAAGCAGCAACACCAACUCCAGCCAAGCUCAAGAUCUUCAUCAGUCCCAUCAUUGGCCUCAUCAGCUUCUUCGAUUACUUCAUAUUUGUCAUCACCAGCAACACCUGAAUUGGUCCAUGCCAAUAUCCAAAACCAGCAACCAACACCAGUUGCCACACCAAAAUCAACGUCCAUCUCAUCAUCAAAUAAGCCAGCUUCUUCAUCAUCAUCUUCCACCACAAACAAAAGAAGGCAGAGACUUGGCCCAUCAUGCGACUCAUGCCGUGCUCGUAAAGUCAAAUGUAAUGCCGAAAUUGCGAUUUUAUCUCCAUCCACCACAUCACUUGCAUCCACAUACAACCUUACUUCACAACAACUCGAUACAUUAUCAACAACCCACAAAUUAUGUAUGGGAAAUUUCCAACUCCUAUAUGUCAAUGAAAAAUACAUUCAAUUCAAACCUUGCAAUUCAUGUGUUGGUAAGAAAAUCGAUUGUCGUUUCUCCAAUGGGUUCACUAAGGAAGAUAUUUUGAGUAAUAAAAAGAAACUGAAGAAAUCUUCCAGUGCUGGGAAAGUUACCAAGGAAGCUACUAAGAAAUUUGGCAGCAAGAAUGCCAGUGGUGUUUGUUUGGAUAAAUUAUUAAACUGUGGUGCUUUGACUGAAGCCCAAGUUGGUAUCACUGCAUAA